UUGUACCCNCCAACUUUCAAGUCACAACCAUUAAAAAAGUAGGAUCUUGCUCUUGUCAUCCUCCUUUUGCCCAUAAAUCUAGCUUCUGCUGUUCAAUCACCAUCAAAACCAGCAAAAAGCCAAAAAUCCAACAACGAAAAUCCCUUGCCAACCUCGUUUGUAUCGCCGCCAUCUCGGCUUUUAUUGCAUUUGCAUCUCUACUUUCACCUCUCGCUCUGUCGCUCUCAUUAACCCACUCAAAAUCUUCACGCUCACCAUCACUCUACAAUGGCGUCCGGUGUUUUCACGCAGUCUCUGUUUUCCGCUCAGACGUCGAAGUUGCCGGUUUCGAAUAAUAUAACGCAUCCCUGUGUUUCAGUCAAGUCAUUUCUGAGCAUCUCUAGAUCUGACGCCUUUUCGACCCAUUUGAGGAAGACCCAUAAAAGUUUCAUCGCCAGCUCCGCCACCUCCGGCAACGGCAUAUCCACGGCGGAGACCCCAAUUGAACUGAAGUAUGCUGCAUUUCCAACAGUCAUGGACAUUAACCAGAUCGGGGAGAUUUUGCCUCACCGAUUCCCUUUUUUGCUAGUGGAUAGAGUUAUUGAAUACACUCCCGGGGUAUCGGCUGUUGGCAUCAAGAAUGUGACGAUAAAUGAUAAUUUUUUUCCUGGUCAUUUUCCUGAGAGGCCAAUUAUGCCUGGUGUGCUCAUGGUUGAGGCAAUGGCCCAAGUUGGCGGGUUAGUGAUGCUACAACCUGAGGUUGGAGGCUCACGGGACAAUUUCUUCUUUGCUGGAGUCGACAAAGUGAGGUUUAGAAAGCCGGUAAUUGCAGGAGACACUUUAGUUAUGAGAAUGAAUCUUGUUAAGCUUCAAAAGCGCUUUGGCAUAGCGAAAAUGGAAGGCAAGGCAUAUGUAGGUGGGGACGUUGUUUGUGAGGGUGAAUUCUUGAUGGCCAUGGGGAGUGAGUAAUAUCAAUAUGCUCGUUUUUUUUUUUUUGUUAGUUUAUUUGUUUGUGUUGUAAUUUUCUCAAGGGGCGGUUUUUCUUGGUUCGUGUCCUGUUUUAUUUUAAUAUGGUCUUCUUCUUGUGGCACACUACUUUUCGUCGUUCUCCACCAAAUAGGAGACACUCACUCUUGCUUGAAUGCUGAAAUUAAAUUAGAGGUCAAAUCCUGUAUCCGGUUCGGUUAUCUGUCAAAGCUAAUGCGGUUCAUUAGAUUUUCACAAAUGAUGCAGAU